UCUGUCGAAUUUUUGUUACAAGUGAACAAAUUUUCCAGGAUUGUCAACAUAGUUUACACACUACGUACUUUGUGAGAUAUAGUUUUAGUAUAACUACAGAUCGCUUCACAUAAAUUUGACGUUUUAGAGUGUGUACAUGUUCGACCGAAUACUGUGUUGCGGAUCAAAGGAUCGAAGUAUGAUUUUGGGUUAGAAUUUCGUAUCGAGUAGUCGUGUUAGUCAACGGCCACAUCGUAGUAUCGUAGCAAGAGCAUAUAUUUUCUUGCCUUUUGUAUAUGAAUUAAGUAUUAUACUUUUUGGAGUACACGUUCGAACGUUAUUUAAACGGUAUGGAAGUCGACGAAAAUAACGCAACAGCUCCAUCAGAGACACCGAUGGAAGUUGACCAGGAUAACACUGAAAAGAGUUCUAGCAUUUCAAUGAAUCCUUCAAGUGCUAUUAAAGUGAUGGCAUCCUCUGGUACCGUUGGAUCUGUAUCUAUUAGUCUUCAUCCAUUGGUUAUAAUGAAUGUUAGUGAACAUUGGACCAGACUUCGUGCUCAAGAAGGAACAGAUCAAUUAGUGUAUGGCGCACUGAUCGGUAAACAGAAAGGACGUAAUAUAGAAAUUAUGAAUUCCUUUGAACUUAUGUUUACAUGUAUUGGAGAUGAUGUUAUAAUAGACAGAGAUUAUUAUAAUACCAAAGAAGAACAGUUUAAACAAGUGUUUAGUGAAAUGGAUUUUCUGGGAUGGUAUACAACGGGGGAUAUGCCAAAUGAAAGGGACAUUAGAGUGCACAAGCAGCUUUGCGAGAUCAACGAAAGUCCUGUGUUAUUGAAACUCGAUCCCAGACCAAAAAAUACAGAUCAAUUGUCUGUUUCUAUGUUUGAAUCUGUGAUCGAUUUGGUUAAUGGGGAAGCUACCAUGUUAUUUGUUCCAUUAACUUAUACACUGGCAACAGAGGAGGCAGAAAGAAUCGGCGUUGAUCACGUCGCGAGAAUGUGCAGUAACGAUCAAGGGGAGAGUUCGUUGGUUGCCGAGCAUCUAAUUGCACAGCACAGUGCUAUAAAAAUGCUGCAUUCACGGGUGAAAUUAGUCUUGAAGUACGUACAAGCAGUGCAGAGCGGCGAAGUGAAAGGAAAUCACGAGGUGUUGAGAGCCGCUUGUUCAUUGGGACACCGAUUGCCAGUUUUAAAUAAUCCAAAAUUCAAAGCUGAUUUCUAUAACCAAUGCAACGACUUUGGUCUGAUGACUUACCUUGGUAUCAUAACAAAAGAUUGCAACAAUAUUAAUCAGUUUGUUAAUAAAUUCAAUAUUUUAUACGAUAGACAAAGUGUGGGCCGUCGUUUACGAUGUCACUUUUUGUGAUGAGUGAAUAGAAGCCAUUGUUUUUUUUUA